AUGAACGACUGCGAAGAUAACGAAGCGGAGCCCUCCACCGAGCUACAAAGAAACCUGCACAACAUCUUAGUUGUGUUCGGACUCAUCGCAGAAAUGAUCCUCGUGGACAACCACCUCCUGGAGUCGGUCAGCAUAAAUGACAUCUACAAAAGUGUGUACUGUGUGCUCAGGGGGAGGUAUGAAUCUAUACUGGAUGUUCUUCUACCUGAGGAAGAGCGCAGCGAUGACGUCACCCCGGUGGAGAAUUCGCCCGAGGGGAAGGUCCAAAAGCCCCUACUAAAAGAAGGAAAACCCUCACCAAAGGAAGGAAAGCCCCUACUAAAGGAAAGAAAACCUUUGCCAAAGGAAGCACAGCUGGAGAAGCAGGCAAAUAGGCCAAAGCACACCACUGGUGGGGAGACCAAAGCAGCAGAUGAACCCACCCCCCUGGCCGAACAGAUCAAAUUAAGAUUUUCAGAAAUAUUUCUAAGCCCAAUUAAGAAGAAGACAAAACUUCCCUACACCGACAAACUGAGCAACAUUAAAUAUGCCAUAGCAGGGUGUAUAUACAUGCAUGGAAAAAUAUGGGGCAAAAAUGUGUCCCUAAGAAAUGUGUUGAACGCAAUUGAUUUCAACCUCUUUUUGUUAAACAAUGGGUUCUACACAGUUAAAUGUGGUACAUCUAAAAAAGAUGCAGAAGAGUUGUCUGAUAGUGUCAACCAAUUUGAACCCACUAGCAAGGAAAACAUUUAUUAUGAGAAAGAACAAAGUCUGAAAAUGGAAAAAGUGAGUCUACGCGCCUUAUCCUUUAACCUCACAAGCAGCAUUUCAAAAUAUUCCCUCCUCUACGAACUCAUGUUUAUUACUAGAUCACCCUACAUUGUCAAUAAGUUCCUCAUUUCCGUUUUUAAUGACGUCAUUUGUAUUCCAGAUUUGGAGAGCCGAUUUGACGACACGGUCAUUAUCAUUUCCUGCAUGUUAUUUGUUAAUCAUUUUUUUUACCACAUCUGUCGGAACGAUCGGUUAAGUUCUAACCAUUUAGGAGUAAUGAAAAAAAAGUAUCUUUCCCAAGUGGAAAAAAUUGUGAAUAUAUUUCUCCUCCUCAAUAAAGCGAACCCCAAAUCUGGCAUGGAGGAUGUUAUUUUUCUUACCAAGGAGAUUGUGCACUUGUAUUCUGUAACAUAUUGA